AUGGAAGAGGAACCUGGAUUGCAACCCUUCCUCUUUGGACUUUUCCUCUCCAUGUACCUGAUCACCAUGUUUGGAAACCUACUCAUCAUCCUGGCCAUCACCUUGGACUCCCAUCUGCACACACCCAUGUAUUUCUUCCUCACCAACCUAUCUUUUUCUGACAUCUGUCCUACCUCCACCACUGUCCCAAAGAUGCUGGUGAAUAUGCAGACACAGAGCAAGGUCAUAACUUUUGAAGGCUGUAUUGUGCAGAUGCACUUUUUCAUAGUUUUGACUGGCUUGGAAAACUUUCUCCUGGCUGUGAUGGCCUACGACCGCUUUGUGGCCAUUUGUCACCCCCUGCACUACACAGUGACUAUGAACCCCUGGCUCUGCAUGUUGUUGGUUAUGGUGUCCUGGAUCUUAGGUGUCUUGCAUGCCCUCAGUCACCAGAUCCUUUACAUCAACUCUAUGGGUCCAGAAAAUGAGACACAAAUUUCAGAAUUCCUUCUGCUGGGACUUUCAGAGGACCCAGAACUGCAGCCCCUCAUCUUUGGGCUUUUCCUCUCCAUGUACCUGGUCACUGUUCUCGGGAACCUGCUCAUCAUCCUGGCUACCAUCUCAGACUCCCACCUGCACACGCCCAUGUACUUCUUCCUCUCCAACCUGUCCUUUGUGGACAUCUGCUUCACCUCCAACACCAUCCCAAAGAUGCUGAUGAACAUCCAGACACAGAGCAAGGCCAUUACCUAUGCAGGCUGCAUCACCCAGAUGCAGUUUUCCAUACUCUUUGCAGGGCUGGACAUUUUUCUUCUGACUGUGAUGGCCUAUGACCGCUUUGUGGCCAUCUGCCAUCCUCUGCACUACAUGGUCAUCAUGAACUCCCAGCGAUGUGGGUUGUUGGUUCUGGUGUCCUGGAUCAUGAGUGCUCUUUAUUCCCUGUUACAAGUUUUAAUGGUGUUGCAGCUCUCCUUCUGCACUGAUGUGGAAAUCCCCCACUUUUUCUGUGAGCUUAAUCACCUGGUCCACCUUGCCUGCUCUGACACCUUUGUCAAUGAGGUGGUGAUGUAUGUUGCUGCGGUCUUGCUGGCUGGUGGUCCCCUCACUGGCCUUCUUUACUCGUACUCCAAGAUUGUUUCCUCCAUCCGUGCAAUCUCUUCAGCUCAGGGCAGGUAUAAAGCCUUCUCCACCUGUGCUUCUCACCUCUCUGUGGUCUCCUUAUUUUAUUGUACGAGCCUAGGUGUGUAUCUCAGUUCUGCUGUGACCCAGAACUCACGCUCUACUGCAACAGCCUCAGUGAUGUACAGCGUGGUCACCCCCAUGCUGAACCCCUUCAUCUACAGUCUGAGGAAUAAGAACCUCAAGAGUGCUCUGAGGAGACUCUGUGAGAGAGAAUAUAUGAAAUCAUCAGUUGUGCUGAGACUGAAGAUGUGCCCAUAA